GCUCCACACGAAUUGGGCCCUUGACUCGCCUGCUCGGAAAAAAGUCAGUUGGCCUUGCGAAGCUUUUUUUUCCUCAGGUGUGAUUUGAUGUCUCUGGCGCGGUCUGCCAGUGGCCCAGCGGGUCUUAGCAUCAACACUUCGGCUGCAAAUACCCUAGGCACUACCUCGCAGCCAGCGGCGACUCGAGGACUGUUUGGUUCUGGUAACGCGUCGGCAAGUCCAUCAACGACCAGCAGCAUGGCGACCACGGGCGGUCUUUUUGGCGCCAAGCCAGCAGCGACAGGUGGCCUCUUUGGAUCUCCGGCUACGACGACUCCCCAGGCGGCUACUGGCGGAGGUCUCUUUGGCGCUGCCACACCCACGCCCUCGACAGGCACAACUACUGGUGGUUUGUUUGGGUCAACGGCAACUGCCCAGCCAGCUCAAGCCUCCGGUGCGACCACUGGCGGCCUGUUUGGAGCCAAACCUGCGGCAUCAACGACGACAGGCGGAGGACUCUUUGGAAACACCACAGCCCAGCCAAGCACUGCUACGACUGGAGGAGGCCUGUUUGGAAGUGCCGCUACAGCCAAACCAGCUACUGCUACGACCGGCGGAGGAUUGUUUGGAAGCACUGCAACCACCCAGCAGCCAGGAGGAGGUCUCUUUGGCUCAACUCCGGCCGCAGCUACCACAGGAGGUGGAUUGCUGGGCCAAACACAAGCAAAGCCCUCUGGCGGUUUAUUUGGAUCAACUACAACUGCUGCCGCUCCUGCUACAGCCCAAGUUGCGGCCGCCCAAGUCAACUAUGACAACCUGCGACCGCGAUCGCGCUUCGAUGACCUUGCCCAACCGAUUCAAAACGAAAUUGCUCUUAUCGACAAGGGCAUCCAGCGCGUCAUCAAGAUGAGGGAUGAGAUUGGAGAAUUCAUGCCCCAGCAUGAAAAAGAUAUCGACCAGCUCGGACGAGACGUCCAGUUUGUCGAGUCCAAAUUCAAGACGGUCCAGGACGCCCUUAACCGCGAUAUCUUAACCGUCAAGGCUCUCCAAGACAUGACCAAGAAAGACGUUGCCGACGCCCAGCUCUCCUUCAAGGCCGCCGAUAACCUCAAGCUACCUACUCACUACCACCAAACUGGCCUUUUCGCCGGUCCUCCUCCUGCAAGCGACUCCAACUCAACGGACGCCUCAUCGGCCCAUGCCAGCGCUCAGGAUCUCAUUACUUACUUUAACCGCAUCUGCGACGACGUUGAAAACCUGCGCGACCACAGCAGCGCACCCGUCCAGGACCAGCUCAGCCAGGUGCUCUCGGCGUUGCGGGAGAUGGGCAGCGCGGUCAUUGCUCAGGCCGGACAGAUUGCAGACACGCGGGAGAGAUUAUCACGGCUACAGGCAGGGUUCUUGGAUAGCGGGCUGUAUUCUGGGGUUUCUUCAUGA